AUGUCUUUCGUCAUUAUUCUUCCACGCUCGGAAAGCCUUUCAGACAUUUCAUCAACAAGCAAUAGCACUGGUAAUACAUCACUGGCACGAGAACUAAGCAGUUCUAAUUUGUCCAAAUCUAAUGUUCUGUUUGCUGGAUUUAAUACACAGGCUUCAAUGCUCGCGAUCGGAACAGAACAAGGCUUUAAGAUAUUUUCAUGCGCUUAUGGUCACUUUCGGAAAGAGUUUGAUUUGAAAUUUGUUGAUGGAGGAAUUUCAUUUGUAUCCUUCAUGGAUAAAGACAAGGAUUCAGUGGCGCUGGUUGCAGGAGGGUCUAGACCUGCAUUUUCAAUGAACAAAAUAGUUUUUUACAACUAUAAGGAAAGAAGGGUAACAAAUGAGCUAAUUUGCUCAAGAAAUGUCAUAUCUGUUCAUUCCAAAAAGAACGUUUUCGUAGCUGUCGCAGAAGACAUGAUAUUUGUGUACGAUGUCAGAAAUAGACAACCAAUUCAUUCUUUGAAAACAGCCAUCAAUCAUCAUGGAUUAUUUGCCAUGGUGUAUAUUAAGGAUCGUAAACAAUUUUUAAUGGCUUAUCCGGAUGAAACCUGCAGUGAUGGUCCUUUGGGAAAUAUUAAGCUCAUAUGGAUGUGUUCAUCAACUCACAAAAUUGUUCAAGAAUCUGUUAUUCAUGCUCAUGAAUCAUCAAUUCGCUGUUUUUCAUUAAGCAAUGACGGAUCUGUUCUAUCAACAACAUCCGAGAAAGGUACUAUUGUCAGAGUUUUUUACACUGAUAGUGGAGACAAAAAUAUUGAAUUCAAAAGGGGCGCUCUUACGAGUGAUGUCUAUUCUUUAUGCUUCAGCCACGAUGGAGCCUUUCUUGCAUGCAUGUCCUCAAACGGGACUCUGCAUGUCUUUGUUGUUGAUUAUGAUGCUUGGAAAAAACAAAGACUGUUGGCACAAGGCCAAACCGACUCGAGUUGGACUAGUACUCUAUGGGAUUAUGUUCCUACCUCAAUUACAAGCUCUUUAGAAUCUACUCCUAAGAGCGUGUUUCGGUACAAAAAUGUUGAAGGAAUAUGCGUGUGUGCAUUUGAAUCUACAGAUGACUCAAUUUUGCUUUGUACAAAUAAGGGAGUAUACAUGAGUUUGAAGUUUGAUUGGAAAUGCUCUAGCUCAGAGAAUUUUAAUGGAGCUCCAACCGACAAAUAUGUUGCAAAUAUUGAUUGA